AGAUACAGAUGCGUACUUCUAACAUAACGUACCCAUGGUACACGUACCAUACAAAUAACGUACUUCUUAACGUAAAGUUACGAAAUUCAAAAUAAUGACGAAAAUAAUAGAAUUACGUCCUGACAGAUCUCUUUUAAAUCCACGUUUUGAAAAAUAUCAAUUUUCUCCAGAUAUUGUUCCUGUAAAAUCUGAAAUAAGUUUAGAAAAUGAUGUAUAUAGGCUAGAAUUAAAUCCCGAUCAAGAAUCUUGGUUGGAAGUGAGAUUAUUUGCACUUCAUAAUCAUUUAUUUACAAAUCCUUAUGAUACAUCAUGUUGGUUUAUUGAUAAAGAACACAUAAUUUGGCGAGUAAAUAAAAUUGGAACACUUCAAAAAAUAUAUAAAUUACGUACUCCUAAUCAAUCAUCAAAAUUAUUGUACAAUCCAUCGAUCGGAUUUACUAGCAAUAAUAUUGUAGUCAUUUCUAAUGGAGGUGACAGUCUCUAUUUAUUAAAGGAAGAUCAUUCUGGUCAGGUUGAAGCGUUUCUAUUAGAAGAAGCAGAACCUGGAGUUAUUUUAGAUAUCCGAUAUGUGCAAACUAAAUCUCAAAUUAUUAUUGCGUUAUCAUCUAUAGUUGAUGAUAAUGGGAAAAAGUGUACAAAACUUGUAUUAUUAUUUUAUACUUUGCAACAAUAUGAUGAAAAGCAAAAUACUUUUCAUUUGUCUAAUAAACAAGUAUUAAAAGUACGAGGUACCGUAGAAUAUGUAUUUAUCGAAGAAAAUGGUGACCAUUUACAUUCCAUUUGUCAAAAUAAUAUUAUUUUUGAAUCUGACAAUAAGAAAAUAACAGAAAAUAGUAAAAAAAAUAUAAGUGAUAAAGAACAUAUAAAAAUUCCUAAAUAUUGCUGGUCUCAAGACGAAGAUUCGCUUACAGUUUGGGUUAAAAUACCGGAGAAAUAUUAUCAAAGUCAAGCAAAAGUUAAUGUAAAAUCUAAUGAAAUAUCAAUUACUGUAAAUGAUGAUAUUUUGAUACAAGGCGAAUGUCAACACAGAUUAGAUGAGAAGCUUACUACUUGGAAACAUGAAAAAGACACAUUACAAUUGGAUUUAAUAAAGUUUGAAAAUGGUUUAAUGUGGAAUGAGUUAAUUAAAGGUGAUACAGGAGGAGAAUGUUUACCAAAUGAAUCACUAGCAGCUGAAAUUCAUUCUAGAUUAGCACAUCUAUGUUCUGAAAAUCCAAAUGCACCUGGUGGAGAGGGUCAACCGUUUUUAGGAUUUAAUUCUGAACAAUUGGAAGAAUGCGAUAUAGAAGGAAAAGAAAACAUCUUUCAAAGAAUAAAUCUUACAUCACAGGAAAUAACACAUCAGGCUAAUCUUGGUACAAAUAAUCAUGUACUAUUUACAAAUAAAAUGAAAUUCGGACAGACAAUAUGUCUUAGACACGAUCAUGAUGGUUGUCUUUGGAUUACUGAUAUUGUAAAAGACAAUGUAUGGAAUAUAAAACAUACUACAACAUUUCCAGGUUUUGGAUAUGUUGAAGCAAGUAAAAGUAAUAAAAAAUUCUGUAUAUGUUCUCCAGAUGGUUCAUACGUUGCCAUAAUAGAACACAAAAGACACGUUUUUCUUUAUGAAAGGCCAGAAAAUAAUUCUCAAAUAAGUAAACAAUGGAUUGUAGAUUUGGAAUAUGAUUCUCCAUCUUCUAUUAUAAUGGGAGCAGUUGCGACUAACAAAUACUUAAUAAUUCUUACUAAAAACAAAUUAUACCAUUUACAAAUUUAUCCAUAAAAUUUUAUACUUUUUAUUAUCUUCUGUACAUAUUGAUAUUUUAUGUAUAUAUGAAUUAUGUAUAGUUGCGUGCACAAUGUACACGUGCGUAUAUACACACACGCACACCCACAAACACACAAAGAGAGACACGCAUCACAGCAAAUAAUAAAAAAUGAUAUACAUUAUUAUUUACAAUGGAGGAAAACAAAAUCAUACAAAAGAAAUGCUAUAGAAUAUUACUUGGAUGCAUGAUUGUAAUAAGGUAUUUUAUUUCGAUUUAUGAACAAAAAUUAAUUGAUUUUUUCAUAUAAAAGUUUUCUCUUCUGUAUCGAAAAUAUACAAGUCAAUAUAACUUAAUAUAUUUAGUCAGAGUCUAUUAUAGACUAUUAUAUGAGUCGUUUACAGGCCAAAACAAUUAAAUUUGAGAAAUUUAAAAAAUUGUACUGUCAAAGUACUUGAUUGAUGUUUGACUUUUUAUAUUUAACCCUUCAACUGCUGAAAAUAUAUACGUUUUCGCAUGUCUAUUUAUAUAUACAAA